AUGGCAGAGAACAAGCCCGUCAUCGCCAUCGUUCCUGGCGGUUACUGCAGUCCUGAAGUCUACCAGCCCGUUGCCAACAUUUUGGAGCAAGACGGGUUCAACGUCAUCGUCCCGAGAUUAACCGUCACUAAAACCCUCACCUCCAGAGAUCCCGCAACCCCUGAGUUCAAAGAAUUGGCCAACAAGAGUCUGCUCGAUGACGUUGAAGAAAUCCACAGCCGUCUGGCUUCCGAGUUCGAAAAAGGGUCUGAGGUUGUGAUCUUUGGGCAUAGCUACGGAAGUCUCCCUGCUCUACUCGCCAUCGAAGGGCAGACGAUUGCAGAACGCAAAACCAAGGGACUUUCUGGUGGUAUCAAGGGAUAUGUCGCUGUCGCAGGGUUUGCAUAUGCACAGAAAGGGAAGAACGCUAGAGGCGACACGGAGCCAGCGCCGCCAAUGCCGUAUUUCGAGCACGAGGCAUGUCAAUCACCUACCCUGCAUCAAACUCCAUAG